AUGGAAUUGGAUGAUGUCGAGGUAAAGAAGCUCUGCCGAAAGGUUAUACGCUACGCUGACGGCGAUCACACCAAGUGGUUGCUGGAGAAGUUCUCUAGUGCUGAAGAAUGUAGGACUCAUCUUGAACAAGAGCAUGCUGAUGAUUUUAAACCUCAUUCGGAAAAGGAUAUGGUCAAGAGGAUAGGGAAGACCUGGGGUCAUAAGAUACUGGUUGGGGUGUGGGAACCAGUGGAUGCAGUUGCUGCUGUUGGAAUGAUCAAAACUCAGCUCGCGUACCUGCGGUUGAAGAGCGGAGUACGUUACUCAAGGAAAUCAAGUUACUCAAGCAAUGAUAUAGUAUUGAAGUCCAUAAAACUUCUGAAAUCAGUGAUUACCCAAAAGGUUCUGCUAAUUGAUAAUUCAAGGAUUAGAUUGUUAGACAAACUCAUACGGCUUUCUGUUUUUGACAACCGCUCUUACACGCUUCAGCUGCUGAAACCUUUCUUGCUGAAUGAAAUUGUAAGUAUGGAAUCAAAAGUCAAGUUAGAUGCAGUAGAAGCUGAUAUUUUAGUCAACGAGGAGAAGAAGCCACUCAAAGAGGAGAAGUCACAGAGAAAAAAGACGAAAAAAACUAAAAGCAUUAAGAGAACUUCAACGAGCAUGUCUAGUCCCGUUGAUAAGAAUGUUGAACGCACACCUUCUGUCAACCUUUAAGAUACUAUUGCAAGUGAAAAGGGACGAUUGGAAAUUUCAUCCAACGCUGACAUUCAGAUUCAGUGUCAGGAAACUUGGAGUCAGCACUUGGAGAAGGUGCAGCUAGAUAUAAUUCAGCUCUUGACAUG